AUGCUCUUGGUCAUACUUUUACCAGCUCAAGCGGGAAAGUGCCCAAAGUUCUGCAUCUGCGACAACUCCAAACUCACCAUAGCCUGUAUCGGCAAGAAUCUGACUCAGGUUCCCCCCACGAUAGAUGAGAUUACAGUGAAACUGGACCUGAGUAAAAACGAUAUCCAGGUGCUGCCGACCCAUGCGUUCCUGCACAUCCCGCACCUCACGCACCUCACCCUGCAGCGGUGUAACAUCAGAGCGGUGCGUGAGGGGGCCUUCCGCACCCUGGGCCGUCUGGUCUCCCUCAACCUGGCCAACAACAACAUCGAGAUCCUUUACCAGGAGUCUUUUGAUGGCCUGUCAUCCCUAAAGCAGCUGACGUUGGACCAUAACCGUGUUGAGGAGAUCCAGCCAGGGGCCUUCACUCAGCUGGGCUUCCUCAACAUGUUGUCCCUCACACAUAACCAGCUGGUCUACAUCCCCAACAUGGCCUUCCGGGGCCUGCACAACAUCAAGUGGCUGCGUCUCAGUCGCAACUCCCUCAACAACCUGGCCAUGGAGGCCUUCGCUGGACUCUUCACCCUCACACGCCUCAGCCUCAACCACAAUGAGCUGCAGUUCUUCCCCACACAGACUAUGACCCGACUGGCUCAAGUCACCCGCCUGGACCUGAGCUACAACCCCAUGACCUACCUGGGUGAGGAUACUGUCUCCAUGCCGAAGCUCACCCACCUCUACCUGGACCACAUGUCCCUACAGGACCUCUCAGACACAGCCAUGUCCCGGGCCCCCCUCCUCUCCCACCUGGACCUCAGCCACAACCAGCUGCGCUACCUGGAGCCCCUCUCUGGCCCCAUGGAGCUAGCCCGCCUCAACCUAACAGGAAACCCCAUCCACUGUAACUGCUACCUGAGGCCCCUGAAGGAGUGGGCCAAGAAAGGGAAGGUGAAGUUGAUGGGGGUCUGCGCGGGUCCCCCUCACCUCUCUGACGAGCCCCUGGAGGGAGUGGGGCCUAUGGAGCUGAGGUGCCGGAGCAGGGAGGACAUGAUAAAGGAGGAGUUUGAAGAGCAGGAGGAGACCAGGGAGCGUGCACUGCCCACAGCCAAGCCUAAGAAGAAGAUCAAGUGUCCUGAUAACUGUGACUGCGAUGUGAAGGCUCAGCACGCCACAUGUGAGAACCGUGGUCACACCAAAGUCCCCUACGGCUUCCCCUCUAAUUCCCAGCUCCUGGACAUGCGCAGCAACCACUUCCAUUACGUCCCUAGCAACAGUUUCCCCGGUACAGACCAGGUGGUCUCUCUGCAUCUGGAGCACUGCAAGGUCCGUGAGAUCGAAGGCGGUGCCUUCCGGGGCAUGAAGGGCCUGGUCUACCUCUACCUGUCUGACAAUGACCUCACCUCCCUGGGCUCAGAGACUUUCAUUGGGGCCCCUGAGCUCACCUACCUCCACCUGGAAGGGAACCAGCUGGCCAUGUUCCCUGGGGCUGCCCUUGCCCCCCUGCCCAGCCUGCUUGUGCUCCACCUGGAGCGGAACACUAUCGGUAAGCUGGAGCGGACAGGCCAGCUCUCCUCAGUCCCCAAGUUGAGAGGACUCUACCUGACCAAUAACACCAUAUCCACUAUAGCCCCCGGCGCUCUCAACUCCGCCCACCUAGAUACUCUUCAUCUGGGGUCUAAUCAGCUUGCUGAGGUGCCUACCGACGGGCUGUCCAAGGCCUCCAGUCUGACCGAGCUCUGCCUCUCUGGAAAUUCCAUUCAUUGGGUCGGACCAAAGGCGUUCCUUCCUGUGUCCAAGAGCCUAAGGCAGCUGUAUAUGGAUGACAUGGGUCUGGAGAAGAUGUCCAGAAACUCCCUGGUGGGGCUGGGCUCUAGGCUGACUACUCUGUCUCUGAGGGGGAACCAGCUGGAGGAGCUGCCUGACCUGAGCCCACUCACUGGGCUGGAGGUCAUCAACCUGGCCCACAACCCCCUGCUAUGUGAUUGCACCCUGCUGCCACUCCGCAGGUGGAUGGAGAAUGUGAGUCUGAAGAUGACAGCCACCUGUGGUCACCCUCCUGAGUUCCGGGGCCAAAGUGUGAGGGAUGUCCAUGUCUUUAAGAGCUGUCCAGGGGAGAGUGCUCCUCCUGGCAAGACCCUCAAAGGAUUCAAGGACACAAAAUCAAUAAAUCCCAAACUCACUCUCCUCAAGGUGACAAUGACAAAGGCCAAGCCAGGAAAGGCUAAACCCAUGCCAACCAAGUCCAAAGCCAAGACUCUGAAGAACCCUAAGGCACCAGCAUCCCAAAAAACAAGAAGACUUAUAAAAAGUAGGAAAUCAGUGAUGUAAAUGGCUGUAAGUCUGUUUGGGCAGAACUCUAUAUGCACCAAACGGACAAGUGCUAUUUCAUCUUAAAAUCACUGAAUGUAAUUUGAGCAUGCAGAAAUGUGUUUUUUAAAUGUUAUUUUUGAGACUGCAAGUUCAUUUUCCGAUUGAUUUACUGUCUAUUUUAGAAUCUUAUUGAUGUCAGGGUUUCGGAAGAGCCGGGAUUCAAGAGACCCAAAGCCCUAUUUGCAGUACAAUAUAUAUCCACCAAGUGUCACAGUAAGAUUUUUCUGCUGUAGUUCGACCAACCUUUCUAUUCAUAUACAGUGGGGAGAACAAAUAUUUGAUGCACUGCCAAUUUUGCAGGUUUUCCUACUUACAAAGCAUGUAGAGGUCUGUAAUUUUUAUCAUAGGUACACUUCAACCGUGAGAGACGGAAUCUAAAACAAAUCUAAAACAAAAACAAAUCCAGAAAAUCACAUUGUAUGAUUUUUAAGUAAUUAAUUUGCAUUUUAUUGCAUGACAUAAGUAUUUGAUACAUCAGAAAAGCAGAACUUAAUAUUUGGUACAGAAACCUUUGUUUGCAAUUACAGAGAUCAUACGUUUCCUGUAGUUCUUGACCAGGUUUGCACACACUGCAGCAGGGAUUUUGGCCCACUCCUCCAUACAGACCUUCUCCAGAUCCUUCAGGUUUCGGGGCUGUCGCUGGGCAAUACUCACUUUCAGCUGCCUCCAAAUAUUUUCUAUUGGGUUCAGGUCUGGAGACUGGCUAGGCCACUCCAGGACCUUGAGAUGCUUCUUACGGAGCCACUCCUUAGUUGCCCUGGCUGUGUGUUUCGGGUGGUUGUCAUGCUGGAAGACCCAGCCACAACCCAUCUUCAAUGCUCUUACUGAGGGAAGGAGGUUGUUGGCCAAGAUCUCGCAUUACAUGGCUCCAUCCAUCCUCCCCUCAAUACGGUGCAGUCGUCCUGUACCCUUUGCAGAAAAGCAUCCCCAAAGAAUGAUGUUUCCACCUUCAUGCUUCACGGUUGGGAUGGUGUUCUUGGGGUUGUACUCUUCCUCCAAACACAGCGAGUGGAGUUUAGACCAAAAAGCUAUAUUUUUGUCUCAUCAGACCACAUGACCUUCUCCCAUUCCUCCUCUGGAUCAUCCAGAUGGUCAUUGGCAAACUUCAGACGGGCCUGGACAUGCGCUGGCUUGAGCACGGGGACCUUGCGUGCGCUGCAGGAUUUUAAUCCAUGAUGGCAUAGUCUGUUACUAAUGGUUUUCUUUGAGACUGUGGUCCCAGCUCUCUUCAGGUCAUUGACCAGGUCCUGCCGUGUAGUUCUGGGCUGAUCGCUCACCUUCCUCAUGAUCAUUGAUGCCCCACGAGGUGAGAUCUUGCAUGGGGCCCCAGACCGAGGGUGAUUAACCGUCAUUUUGAACUUCUUCCAUUUUCUAAUAAUUGCGCCAACAGUUGUUUGUUUCCUUCUCACCAAGCUGCUUGCCUAUUGUCUAGUAGCCCAUCCCAGCCUUGUGCAGGUCUACUUAUCCCUGAUGUCCUUACACAGCUCUCUGGUCUUGGCCAUUGUGGAGAGGUUGGAGUCUGUUUGAUUGAGUGUGUGGACAGGUGUCUUUUAUAAAGGUAACGAGUUCAAACAGGUGCAGUUAAUACAGGUAAUGAGUGGAGAACUGGAGGGCCUCUUAAAGAAAAACUAAGAGGUCUGUGAGAGCCGGAAUUCUUACUGGUUGGUAGGUGAUCGAAUACUUAUGUCAUGCAGUAAAAUGCUAAUGAAUUACUUAAAAAUCAUACAAUGUGAUUUUCUGGAUUUUUGUUUUACAGUUGAAGUGUACCUAUGAUAAAAAAAAAUUACAGACCUCUACAUGCUUUGUAAGUAGGAAAGCCUGCAAAAUCGUCAGUGUAUCAAAUACUUGUUCUCCCCACUGUAUACCCUUUGUGCAAAUGAAGAACAAGGCUGAAUAUAUGUGACAUAAGGUUGUUGCAUUUUCAGCUGUUACAUAACCCUUAGAUGCAUGUAAAUCGAUGUACAAUGGCUUCUUGCUCAU